UAAAUUUUAAAUAUUUAUUUCAAAUUAGAAUCGAAGGCUAAUAAAAUUCUAUGCCGACAACAGUUUCAAACAGUAUGAACAUCAUGUAUCCGAGAUAGAUCAAAGAUUCCUCCUAAUGAUUUCUCCCACCCAUAACGGCACUGAAAUCAUCACAUUCAAUAUUGAAAUUCAUAAGGUGUGCAUUAUUUCAUAAACGUAUCUCAUCAUCACGCACGAAAUAAACAUCCGGGGAAUAUUGACGAUGUUAACAACCGGAUGCCGAUAAAAUGAUACAAAACAGUGAGCACAUGCAUGUUUCAUGAAAGUUGAUUACUGUUCUCGGAAGCGAGACAUUGACUUCCCCGGACUCGCCGGCUAAUAAAGUCCACAAAGAAGGACUUCUAUUUGUAUUCAGCGAGAGUUAAAACGCAUUUCCCAUCGGAGACCGUGAGCCGAUACCACGCUCCAAGACUACGGCUCUUUAAAACUACCAUUCACGUCAAACCAACGGUGGGCUUGGGACCUUUGUCCGUCUGAGUCUUAGAGAUCUCCGGUCUUUACAGAUUAACUGCAUCCAUUAUGCAUUGAAGUAUAUUUAUUGAUUGUGCAAGCGGUUGCUCACUUGUUCACUUCGCAUCAGAACUCUCACCGCAUUGUCAAAACGAGGAUGGAGUUUUCUAAGUGACCGGUGGAACAUGACUUGUACAAAGUUGCUAACAGCUAUCUCCAGGAAGAAACUAAUCGACAACAAGCGUCUGCUGGAGACAGAUUUAAAAAGACAGCUCAAUAUCCCGGAUGUUCUUGGCAUAGGAUUUGGCGGUUCCGUAGGAUUGGCUGUGUACGUACUGAUUACCUAUGUCGCUCGUUCCGUGGCGGGUCCUGCAGUGGUGCUCUCUGUCUUGAUCGCUGGUACCAGUGCUAUACUCUCAGGAUUUUGUUUCUCCGAAUUCUCUUUACGGCUCCCCCGAGCUGGGUCGGCAUAUCUAUAUACUUAUGCUACUAUCGGAGAAUUAUGUGGGUUUAUGGUGGGAUGGAGCAUGAUCCUUGAACACGCCAUUGGUGUGGCGAUAGGUGCCAAAGCGUGGAGCCAGUACUUUGGACACAUCACGAACAAUUCCAUACCAAGGUGGAUGAAUACGUCACUUCAAUGGUCAGAUGGAAUUAAUACCGAUCAAUCACCUGAUCUUAUUGCUGUAGCAGUACUGAUUGUGUGUACCAUUACCAUGCUGAUUAGUACCAAGUUAUCUACUAUAAUCAACUGUAUCCUGUGUAUCUUGGGCGGUGUGGUCGUCUUUUCCAUCAUCUGUGUGGGAUUUUUCCAUGUAAAACAUGACAACUGGACGGGUGGUGACGGCUUCUUUCAGUUUGGAAUACAAGGGAUAUUGUCUGGGGCGUCCAUCCUUGUUUUCCCGUUCAUUACCGUGGACACAGUCGCUAACACGGCGGAAGAACAGCGGAACCCUCUCCGAAAUUUCCCAGUCUCAUUUGCAAUUGUCAUCAUACUUACAAUAAUAUCAAUGACAUCUGUUAGCGCAGCAGUGACUUUGAUGACCCCUGCAAAUACUUUCUCAGAGACUGCGGGGAUAGCGGUAAUUUUUGAAAGCCAUCACAUACAGGGUGCUCGUUACGUAUUCAGUGUGGGAGCCCUCCUAUAUCUGCUUGCAGGAACCAUAUCGUUACUUCUGGCAAUUCCCAGAAUCAUGUAUUCCUUAUCUAGGGAUGGAUUAUUUCCGGACUGUCUAGGGAAUUUAACUUCUAAGGGGAAAAUUCCAGUGAAAGCCUUAUUACUGACAAUCUGUUUAUCAAUGGUUCUUGUUUUAUGCUGCAAAUUAACCCUUCUUUUGUCCCUGUUGGGGACAGGCACGCUGUUGACAUUUUCUGUGGUCUCUUUGUGUGUUUUGUGUUUACGGUAUCAACAAGAUUGUGUUGGAAUGAUUCAGGAAUACGAAGAUCCAAACGAAGAUGACUGCAUAACGGAGUUUUCGUAUCCAUCCUACAUCAAUAAACAAUUUUGUUCGGAUCAAGAUGAUGUGAUUUCCUUUAAGAAUUCGACAAGAAUGGAGAGGCCCAGGGGGAGUACGUAUAAGAAAAUGAACAGCAUUGUGAGCAUGACGUCCGUGGGGAGUGAGAGUGUUUUAUUUCCACUGCAUCUGAAUGACGUCAGAGAACCUUCGGCCACUUCCUGGUUAAUAUCUUUGCUGUGCAUCGUUAUUUACCUCUUGUCCUCGGUGGUGGUCUCUCUUAUGGUUACAUUCGGUUUGAAAUAUAUCUGCAAUGGAUCGUGGUGGUCCAUCUUUUUGUUGCUCGUCAUUCUGGGAACAAUGGCAGUGUCUGCCUUUGUUUUAUGCAAACAACCACAAAACCACAGCAAAUUGUUAUACAGAACCCCGGGUGUGCCAAUACUGCCGUUGUUUUCACUAACUCUAAAUAUUUUUCUACUGACGUCACUUCAAUCAAAUGCGUUGUUGAGAUUUUCUAUCUGGCUUCUUAUCGGUAAGUUUGGAGUUACUACAUCAUUCAAUUUUCAAUCUUCAUUUCUCAAACGUUCGCAUUUAAUCUUCAAUCUGUUUACCUCUUUCAGGGACCAUAUUUUAUUUUUGCUAUGGAGUUCGUAAGAGCAAAGAGCGUAUAUCUGAUGAACAAGAAGUAAUAUUGUAUGCAGUCCGAGAAAGAGAUUAAAGGAUAUUGGUUUCUGUUCCAAUCGUUUCAGUCAGAUUUGCAUAUACAUGUAGCUUAUAUGGGUACAGACUUGUUGACAUACAAAUUGAAUGUUAUUACAAUUAUAUGCUAAUUUGUUUGAAACAUUGUGUGUAUUUCUGUGAUAUCUGGUACAUAUACAUGUUCAAUGAAUAAGUCGUAGAAAUUCAAAAGAAUCGUGUAAAAAGUAAUACUUACAUUCCUCAGGCAUUGUAAUUCAAAUAGAUUUAAGAUUUAUUCCACACGCAAAUGAUAUUCGUAAUUUGGAAUAUUUCUCUCUGCCUUCUUUCGGAAUUUUGGUUUUAGCAAUCAUGAAAAGAUAAUGAAAUAUCAUAUUGAUAAUCAUUUGUAAGUAGCUUGACCAACGGGUUUUAUGUGUACAAUGUAAUAGUUUGACAUCAAUGUUGUUUUGUUUAAUCGUAAAUAAUCCGAAAAUGUAUUAUAAGUUUAAGAAUACAAACAAUCUAAAAUUAAACCCAGUCACAUUCGUGUAUAUUCAUUGUGAGCAAUCAAUACCUGAAUCAAAUAUAGAUGAUUUUAACAAAAUAAAGUAGACAAAUACUUGG